AUGGCUUUCUUCAUUACUUUGUCCCUGUGUAGUGUUCUUGUGGUAGGCAUGGGUGAAAGUGGGACUGGGAGUGAGGAAGGAGUUGAGACGGAAUGUAAACCUGGCCUGCCUCCCCCUUGCCCCUCCAUAUCUCCCAGUGCCCAGCCCUGGACACACCCUGGCCAGAGCGAGCUGUUUGCCGACCUGAGCCCAGAGGAGCUGACGGCCGUGAUGAGCUUUCUGGCCCAGCAGCUGGGGCCCGGCCUGGUGGAUGCAGCCCAGGCCCGCCCCUCGGACAACUGCAUCUUCUCGGUGGAGCUGCAGCUGCCCCCCAAGGCUGCAGCCCUGGCCCACCUGGACAGGGGGAGUCCCCCACCUGCCCGGGAAGCACUGGCCAUCGUCUUCUUUGGUGGACAACCCCAGCCCAACGUGAGUGAGCUGGUGGUGGGACCGCUGCCGCACCCCUCCUACAUGCGAGAUGUGACAGUGGAGCAUCACGGGGGUCCCCUGCCCUAUCACCGACGCCCUGUGUUGAUCCGAGAGUACCUGGACAUAGACCAGAUGAUCUUCAACAGAGAGCUGCCCCAGGCUGCUGGUGUCCUCCACCACUGUUGCUUCUACAAACACCAAGGACGGAACCUGGUGACGAUGAACACAGCCCCCCGUGGUUUGCAAUCAGGAGAUCGGGCCACCUGGUUUGGCCUCUACUACAACAUCUCAGGGGCUGGGUUUUACCUGCACCCCGUGGGGUUGGAGCUGCUGGUAGACCACAAGGCUCUGGACCCUGUGCACUGGACCAUCCAGAAGGUGUUCUUUCAAGGCCGCUACUAUGAGAGUCUGGCCCAGCUGGAGGACAAGUUUGAGGCUGGCCUGGUGAAUGUGGUGGUGAUCCCAGACAAUGGCACAGGUGGGUCCUGGUCCCUGAAGUCCCAGGUGCCCCCAGGUCCAGCUCCCCCUCUGCAAGUCCAUCCCCAGGGUCCCCGAUUCAGUGUCCAGGGGACCCGAGUGGCCUCCUCAUUGUGGACUUUCUCCUUUGGCCUGGGAGCUUUCAGCGGCCCAAGGAUCUUUGACAUCCGCUUCCAAGGGAAGAGAGUAGCCUAUGAACUCAGCGUCCAGGAGGCCUUGACUGUCUAUGGUGGCAAUUCUCCUUCUUCUCUGCGAAGCCAGUACAUAGAUGGUGGCUUUGGCUUGGGCCACUUCUCUUCACCUCUGACGCGUGGGGUGGACUGCCCCUACCUGGCCACCUACGUGGACUGGCACUUCCUUUUGGAGUCCCAAGCCCCCAAGACAAUACAUGAUGCCUUUUGUGUGUUUGAACAGAACCAGGGCCUCCCCUUGAGGCGACACCACUCAGACAUCCACUCUCAUUAUUUUGGGGGCCUUGCAGAGACAGUGCUGGUUGUCAGAUCUGUGUCCACCAUGCUCAACUAUGAUUAUGUGUGGGAUAUGGUCUUCCACCCCAAUGGGGCCAUAGAAGUCAAAUUCCAUGCCACGGGCUAUAUCAGCUCAGCGUUCCUCUUUGGUGCUGCCCGAAGGUUCGGGAACCAGGUUAAGGAGCACACACUGGGCACUGUCCACACCCACAGCGCCCACUUCAAGGUGGAUCUGGAUGUAGGAGGACUGGAGAACUGGGUCUGGGCUGAGGACACGGCCUUUGUCCCCACCGCGGUACCCUGGAGCCCUGAGCACCAGAUACAGAGGAUGCAGGUGACCCGGAAGCUGCUGGAGACAGAGGAGCAGGCCGCCUUCCCCCUGGGAGGCACCCACCCUCGCUACCUGUACCUGGCCAGUAACCACAGCAACAAGUGGGGUCACCCGAGGGGCUACCGCAUCCAGACGCUCAGCUUUGCUGGGGAGCCGUUGCCCCAGAGCAGCUCCAUGGAGAGAGCCUUGAGCUGGGGGAGGUACCAGUUGGCCGUGACCCAGCGGAAGGAGGGGGAGCCCAGCAGCACCAGCAUCUACAAUUUGAAUGACCCUUGGACACCCACUGUGGACUUCACUGACUUCAUCAACAAUGAGACGGUGGCAGGGCAGGACUUGGUGGCCUGGGUGACAGCUGGUUUCCUGCACAUCCCACAUGCAGAGGACAUUCCCAACACGGUGACUGUGGGGAACGGUGUGGGCUUCUUCCUCCGACCCUACAACUUCUUUGACCAAGACCCCUCCUUCGAUUCUGCUGACUCCAUCUACUUCCACGAGGACCAGGAUGCUGGGUCCUGUGAGGUCAACCCCCUAGCUUGCCUCUCCCAGAUUGCUGCCUGUGCCCCCGACCUCCCUGCCUUCUCCCAUGGAGGCUUCUCUCACAACUAGGUGGUCCCUGGGAUGGGGAAUGU